AACAAAAGUACCCGUUUCAUAAUCCGCCAAAUUUGAUCUGAAAUACUACUAUUUUGCAAAGAGAGUAUACAAACUAAAAUUACUCUUUUUUCCUUUUUUGCCAGAUCUACCUGCAAAUAUUUAAAUGCUCAAUAUUUAAUCUUCUUUGUCACGCUAUCGCAUACAAUUUAUUUGUUUGCCCAAAUUUCAUCAAAGAAAAUCUCAGGUAUUUGCAAAAACCCCCUUAUUUUUCAUCUGCACAAAUUUGAUUGCGGGAGCUUUGGAAGAUGUGGAGUUCGAUUGCGAAUUUGAAAGAGAACUUGAAUAAGAUCGCGCUUGAUGUACACGACGAUGACGAUGAAGAACUCGAGAUCUAUGGUUCGGGGAAUGGAGACCAUUCGCCAUUCUUCGAUAGACGGAAUUCUCAUAGAUUUGCCCAGUCAAAGCCCGUUUCCCUCUCUCCGGUAGCAAAUGGAAUUGAUUCGCCAUUUAAUUCCGAGAUUGAAAGAUACAGAGCAGAAAUUAAGAAGCUUCAGGAAUCCGAGGCAGAAAUUAAGGCUUUAUCAGUCAAUUAUGCUGCUUUGUUAAAAGAAAAAGAGGAGCAAAUUUCCAGACUGAACCAAGAGAAUGGCUCGUUGAAACAAAAUUUGAAUGUGACAAAUGCAGCUCUGAGUGCAGCUAGGAGUGAAAGUUCCAAAGUAUCAAGUAAUGGAAUUAAUGCACUCAAGGGAAGUAGUGAUCAGUCACCUAACCGACAGCAUAAAUCAACAAGUCUAGUAAAAAAUCGUUAUGCUGGAAACCAAAUGUCCAAUGGUCUUACCUCUAAACACGAUGAGAAAGAAAAGGAGCUUGCAGAUCUGCUGGAAGAGAAAAAUAGGUCCCUGGAGGCAGUUCAAGCUAGUCACAAAUCACAAAUAAAGCAAUUCAAUAUGGAACUUGAGAAAGAACGUGAUAAAUUAGCUAAUGUACAGAUCAGAUUACAUGAGGAGCGCAAGUUAAAUGAGUCUUUCCAGGAGGAGCUUAAGUUACUGAAAUCAGACAAGGGUAAAAGCGUCACAGAGUUGAGCAAAAUACGCAAUGAAUUGAAUGCAAAAAUAAUAGAAAUAAGACGUUUGCAAAUGGAGUUGAAUAGACAGGAGAAUGAUAGUGCAGAUGAUACACUGGAGAAUUUGAAAAGGGUGAUUGCCACCUUGGAGAAGGAAAACACUCAUCUAAAGAAAGAGAAGAAUGAACUGGAGGCUGCUCUGGAAAUUAGCAGGAAAUCUUUAACUGGCAAGAUUCAUCCCGAUGCUACAGAGACUCUGGAUAUAGAUUCCUCAGGAAGUUUUCCCGGAAAGAAAGAAAUGGAAUUAUCAUUGCAGAAAUUGGAAGAUGAUCUGAAGGAAACAUGCCGUGAAAGGGAUAAGGCUUUGCAAGAAUUGACUCGUCUUAAGCAGCAUUUGUUAGAAAAGGAAUCUGAAGAAUCGGAAAAAAUGGAUGAAGAUACCAAAAUUAUUGAAGAACUUCAUGAGAGCAACGAAUAUCAAAGAGCUCAAAUUGCACAUUUAGAGAAAGCCCUGAAGCUGGCGAUGGCCAAUCAGGAGGAAGUUAAGAUGAUGAACAACAAUGAAAUUCAGAAGUCAAAGGAAAUCACUGAUGAUCUGAAUCAGAAACUUGCAAACUGUAUAAGAACAGUAGAUCUAAAAAAUGUUGAACUUCUAAAUCUUCAAACUGCACUUGGUCAGUACUAUGCUGAAAUUGAAGCUAAGGAACAUUUGGAGCGAGAUUUGGCCCUGGCAAGAGAGGAAUCAGCUAAACUUUCUGGUCUUCUGAAAGAUGCAGACGAACGUGCAGAGUUAUUAAAGAGGGAAAAGGAAGAAAUUCUGGUGAAGCUUUCAGAAACUGAAAGAAUGCUGGCAAAAGGGAAAGCCAGAGUCAACAAGCUUGAGGAAGACAAUGGAAAACUAAGGCGUGCUCUUGAGCAGAGCAUGACAAGGCUUAACAGAAUGUCUAUGGACUCUGAUUAUCUUGUUGACAGGCGUAUUGUGAUCAAACUACUUGUGACCUACUUCCAGAGAAACCACAGCAAAGAGGUGUUUGAUCUUAUGGUUCGGAUGCUGGGGUUCUCAGAUGAAGAUAAGCAGAGGAUAGGCGUUGCUCAACAAGGUGCCGGUAAAGGUGUUGUUCGGGGUGUUGCUCUACCUGGUCGUUUGGUUGGUGGCAUAUUGGGCGGAAGUUCCACUGAUGUACAUGCAAAUAUGGCUUCCGAUAACCAGUCUAUUGCAGAUCUGUGGGUUGAUUUUCUGCUCAAGGAAACUGAAGAGAGAGAAAAGAGGGAGUCUGCAGAAGAUGCUAGUAGAUCCAAGGAAAACCCUCAUGGAAGAAGUCCAGAUGCUGCUGGAACUAGUCCAUCUGUGCCUGACCGAAGGACUACAACCGCUGGUUCUGGAUUCUCUAGGUCUAGUUUCUCUCCAAGCCAGAACUCAGGCCCCGUACCCUCACAAGGAAAUUUUCGGCAAUUUGAACAUUCCGAUUCUGAAUUCUCAACUGUUCCUCUCACGUCAUCAGAGAGUAGUUCUCGUCUAUCAAGACUACUCCCAAAAUACUGAAAAGAGUUUCUUUGAUGAUGUAAUUAUUCAAAGGUAUAGUAUCUUUGUUGAUGUUGUAGCCAUGAUGAAAUUCACUCCGAUCAAUUCUUUCAUACUUGAAAUGAGAAGAAAUCCUUCCAUUGUUCAUUGUUUCUUGCUUAUAUGCCCAACAUAUUUCUAUUUUGGGUGACCGAUAAACUGGUUGAUGGCAAUAAAUGAAAUCUCGCUUUUGUCA